CUGUGGUUCGACCUCUACAGUCGGUGAGUAUACCAGGAGACAUCUUUCUCUACAAAUCCUUUUUCAUCCUCUGUUAAACUUCACUUUGGCAGCGCAGAGAGACCCGGGCUUCAACCAGAAUUGACCGAACCGGUUAUAACUACCUAAAGUAGAAAAUGUACGCCUGUGCAAAGUUCGUCUCCACGCCGGCUCUGGUCCGUGCUGGUUCCCGGGCUCUUUACAGACCCCUGUCUGCCUCUGUGCUGUCCAGGCCUGAUGUCAAAACAGAGAGCACUGUUGCUGUGAUGCCACAGAGCCCCUUCACCCAGGUUGCACUGAGGGGUUUCCAGACCAGCGCUGUCAGCAGGGACAUUGACACCGCUGCCAAGUUUAUUGGUGCUGGAGCCGCCACGGUCGGAGUGGCUGGAUCUGGUGCCGGAAUUGGGACCGUGUUCGGCAGUCUCAUCAUUGGCUAUGCUAGGAACCCAUCUCUGAAGCAGCAGCUGUUCUCUUAUGCCAUCCUGGGAUUUGCCCUGUCUGAAGCCAUGGGACUGUUCUGUUUGAUGGUCGCUUUCCUUAUCCUGUUUGCUAUGUAAAACUCUGCUGUCAUACAAUACUUUCAUUACAGAUGUGACUACAUAUUUUAUUGUGGCUACCAAAAUUGUUCCGUGUUGGUGUCAUGGAAAUGUACAUUUUCAAGUCUUUCAGACACUGUCAAUAGCAAAGCAUGUAUUGUACAAAUGUAAGAAAUUACGUGAUUAAAAUACAUGUAUUUGACUAUUUAACAAUGGCAGCCACUUUUAUGUCUGGAAUAUCAUGCUAGCACAACAGGAAUCAGUCGGUUUUCAUGAAUGUCAUCUUUUCUGUGAAGCAGCUGCUCAGACUUGCCAUGAAUUAGCCUUGUUUUCUCAGCAUCACAUGCAAGCUUUUUGGGGUCCACCUUAAGGAAUUUCUGGUUCAGUUGCAGUUAAAUAGUACUGUAAUUAGGCAGCAAGUGCGUUCUUGCUUUUGUAAAUUGCGUUGAAUAAAUCUAGACAAUUUAAUUGAGCUAAAAAGAAAGGAAUUUUGACUUUUUUGAAUGUCAUGAAUCAGAACUAUGGCUCUUUGGAAUUAACUUGGUAUAAUCAAUUGGACUAAACUGGUUAAUAAAUUGAUUUUUGUGGUUUUUAAUAGAUUUCUCAGUUCUGUAUUUCAAGUUAAAUAGCUUUAGAUUUCCUUUUUUUUUUUUAGACAAAACCAGCCAUUUUUGUACACGUUGGAACUUGCAAUAGUAACAGCCCUACACUUGCUCCUUUAAAAGAAAUAACAAAAAUUUAAAUAUAGAAAACUAGUUGAGGGUGUUACAGCACUCGUACUGGUUAAAUUUUUAAAUGUGCUGUAGUCUACUGAAAUUAUAAAAGGAAAACAUCUACUCUAAAAGUUGUAGGUUCAGUCAAUGAAUAUUGAAGGUUAAUAUCUACAGCUCGUCAUUCAGCAAAUUCAAGGUGCACUAAACUAUUAACAAGAAUCAUGAUUGUGCAAAAAACAUUCAGAUGAUAAAUAUUUAAAAAUUGGGGACUUAACUUCAUAAAGUUAACUAUGUUUUUUUGUGGUUAGUCUCAAAGGAUGGGUUCACCAUUUUUCAAGUCUGUCUUAAAACAACAGUUCGGUGCCAAAAUGAACAUUGAAACAGGUUUAUCUUGUGAUCAUUCUUCUUGUUCAUACUUGUCAUUAGAAGAUGCCUUCAUAAUGCUUUUACAAUGAAAGUAAUGGACAAAAUCCACAAGCCUCUAUAUGUGCAGAAAUAAACUUUUAAAUUCA